AUGACUUUCCUUCCAAAGUGGUUAACUUUUCUGAAAGGCAAAGAGGCUGUUAUUGCUAAUGGUAUAAUUGCAAUGUUGACAAUUGGCGGGCAGCAACUUUUCUCUUUUUUUACCUUCAGCUGUCCCUGCCACGUUGGGCAGAACCUUAUCUAUGGGCUAGCUUUCCUAGGAGUUCCUGCACUCAUCCUUCUGGUGGUUGGUUAUGCCCUGAAUAACCAGACUUGGAGGCUGGUUACCGGCAAAGGGUCACCUCUUCAGAAAGAGGCUACACCCAGCCGGUUACUGCAGUGCAAGCUGAUCUGCUUCGUCCUGUGCAGCAUCACCGGGAGAGCCCUGGUCGCCCCAGUAACGUGGCUAGCAGUCACCCUGAUAAAUGGCUCAUACUACGUCUGUGGCAUGAGUGAGUACAUCUCUAUGGACUAUUAUGGAGCGCCUCCUAACGUCAGCGCUGGCGAGCGCAGAAGGCUGCUGGCGAUAUUCCCCUGCAGUCAGUUAGUCCCCCCAGAGCUGAGCCGAGCGAGGGAUGAAGUGAUUCUCCUGCUCCGGUACCAGUCACAAGUGGCUGGCUGGCUUCUAAUUGCUGUGGUAGUCAUCACUGUUUUCCUGUCUUACUGCCUGGCAAGCUGUUUCUCCCCACUCAGCUUCCUACAUUUCAGGUACUGGAGCAACUAUGUUCAUAAUGAGCAGGAGCUCUUUGAUGAAGCGACAGACCAGCACUCCAGGCUUUAUGCCAUGCAGCACGUAAGGAAGUUCUUUGGCUUUGUCCCAGGGAGUGAAAACGUAAAGGAAAUUCGUAUCCCGUCUCUCAGAGAGUGGCAAGCUAUUUCUGGGCUGGCCUUUCUAAAACGAGUGGAUGAGGAGCACUAUGACUACAGCCUCCUCCACGACUGGGCGCUCAAGGAGGCUGUAAAUGGAAAAUACCUCAAGACUGAUGAAGACCCUGUGACUGGAACACAGCUCUGA